AUGGAAUUUGAAAAUAACAUCUUAUGUUAACAUAAACUUUAAGUUUUGUAAAUAGUAAACGACUCCUAACUUAAUAUAAAUGAAAGAUUGUUAUGUCAAAAAUGUCUAAAUCAAUAUGAAGGUAAAGCUGAAAAAAUAGAUAUAUAAAGUGCUCUUGAUUUUAUUAAUAAAAACUAAAAUGAUGUAAGUAAAUACACAAACUAACUGUUAUUUUAAAAUAUUUUACAUUUAAAUACAUUCAUAUUAAAUUUUAAGUUAUUACAAACUGAAAUUUAAUAGAUUUGUUAAGAAAUUAAUUUAAAAGCAAACUUAUGGUUAGAGGAUUUAUAAUUUCAAAACAAUAAGGUGUUUAUUGAAAUAUUUGAUUAAUCAUUUAACAAUGAAUGUUCUCUUUUAUAUGAAGACUUUAAUGAUGUAAAUUAAAAACUUCUGAUAAUAACUACAAAAUAUUUACCUCAUCUUAAUACAUUAAUUAAUCCAUUUAUUAAUUUUAAAUAAUUCAAUACAUGUUAGUAAGUAAUUUUCUAAUUGUAAAAAGUUUAUAUUGAAGAUGCUAUUUAGUAAAUAAAUGUUGAGAGUUAAAGGAAAAAAUUUAUUUAAAAAAUCUAGAAUGCCAAAUAAAGUUCUAUUUAGGAUUUGGAAUGCACAAAUAUUUUAGAAAUAAUAGCAUAAAAAUCAGAAGAAAACAAAAAUAUAUAAUCAGAAUUAUUAGAGCAACUAUAAAAUUUAAUAAGGUUAAAAAAAAGUUUAUAAAUAAUAAUACAGGAUUUUGAAAUGGAAGUUAUUAAUCAUGUUUUUUUAAAAUAUGGUGAGUAUUUUUAGUUUUCGAAAACUUUAAACUCUUUAAUAAAUAAUGGAUCUUUUGAUGAAUUGAAAUAAAUUUCAAAUAAAAUAGAAUAAAAUUAAAUUAUUAUGAGAGAAAUAUUUAAACUAAAACUGAAAACAUCUAUUGAAAAUAUUCUAACAUAAAAUUUAUCAGAUAUUAAGAAAUAAAAUUAUUAAAAUGGAAGACUCUAAAUUAGUACUCACAAUUAAAUAAUGAGUUAAUCCUUUAAACAAUUUGAAACUUGUUAUGCUAUUGCAUUUAAUUAGAAUAAUUCGAUCAUGAUUUCAACAUGUGGAAAAUAAAUAAAAGUUUGGAACUUUCAUUAAGGUUAAAUUAUUUUAAGAUUUACCUUAUAAAAACAUAUUGAUGAUGUUACAUGUCUACUUUUUAGCCAAAAUCUAAACUAAUUUAUUUCAGGUUGUGGAAAUGAGGAUGGUUCAAUAAUAUGUUGGAAAUAGAAAAAAGAUAGUACAUGGAAAUCUUCAUAGCCAUUUAAAUAUCAUUAAUUAGGAUUAAGGUAGAUGAUAAUGAAUAGAUAAGAGAAUCAAUUAAUAUCUGGAAGUCUAGAUAAAACUAUUAUUAUUUGGAAACUAGAUUUUUCAUAAAAUUGCUUAAUAUAUCAAUACACAUUAUCUAAACAUUAAAACAAAUUAUUAAGUUUAAGUAUGAAUGAAUCUGAAACUUGUUUAGUCUCAUGCAGUGAAGAUCAAUCAAUAAUAAUUUGGAGUAAAGAGUCUGGUGUUUGGAAAUUUAAAGAAAUUGUAAAUUAAUAAGUACGUCAAAUUGGUAGAUAAGUUAAGUUUUUAAAUGAUUCUUAAUUUAUUUGGAUAUAAAUGAACUUAGGAAUAAUUCAUUUUUUUGAAGUUUAAAAUUUAUCAUUUAAAGAAAUACUUGAAAAAUAAUUAUUUUUAAAUAAUUAAAAGUAAGACUGGAAUUUAUUUCCUAUUAUUCACAAUAAACAUAAAAACAUAAUAGUAAUUAGACAUUAUUAAUCUGUGUUUAUUCUUCGACAAUAAUAAGAUGGUAGCUUAAAAUUAAUGGCAGACCCAAUUCAAUGUAAAUCAGAAUAUAAUUAUGGUUCAAUCUCUAACGAUGGCUAAUUUUUGGUACUUUGGGAUCUAAACACUAAAUAAUAUAAUGUGUAUGAAAUUCUAGAUUGA